AUGUCUCGCACCCUCCCCAACAUCAUCAUCACCGGCACCCCCGGCGUCGGCAAGACCUCGCACUGCGAGCUGCUGGCCGAGCGCACGGGGCUCAAGCACCUGUCCGUCAACGACGUGGUCAAGAGCAAGGAGUGUCAAGAGGGCUGGGACGAGGAGUAUCAGAGCUGGAUCGUCGACGAGGACAAGCUUCUCGACGCCAUCGAGGACGAGGUCAAGCAGGGCGGGUGCAUAAUAGACUGGCACGCCUGCGACCUGUUCCCCAAGAGCUGGAUCGACCUGGUGGUGGUUUUGAGGGUUGAUUCUAGCACGUUGUAUGACCGGUUGAGUGAGAGAAAAUACCCCGAGCUUAAGCUCCAGGAAAACCUCGACUCGGAAAUCAUGGAGGUUCUCCUGCAGGAGGCGCGCGACUCGUACGACGAGGAGAUCGUUGUCGAGCUGCAGAGCACCAAUGCCGAGCAGAUGGAUGAGAACGUGGACCGCAUCGAGGCUUGGUUUAAGCAGUGGAAGGAGAACAACAGCUCUGCCUAA